AGGCGGGGACCAUGAAUGGAUUUAUUCCAGUUGCUCUCACUGGCUCCCACAGCAGAUUUGCAUCUGUGCAACAGGCUGCUGGAGCUGAACCUCCCCUGUGCAUGAAAAGCCUCUCCAGACAUGGCUGGUAAGGUCCAAGCUCUGACUGAAGAGGAGAGGGCCCACAUACUCCCCCUGCUACGCAACGCUCAGUGGGUGGAGGUCGUUGGACGAGAUGCUAUUUACAAAGAGUUUAUUUUCAAAGACUUCAAUCAGGCUUUUGGCUUUAUGUCCAGAGUGGCUUUACAUGCAGAGAAGUUGAACCAUCAUCCUGAGUGGUUCAAUGUCUAUAAUAAGGUCCAGAUAACUCUCAGCACGCAUGACUGUGGAGGGCUGUCCCAACGUGACAUCUCUUUGGCCACCUUGAUUGACCAGGCAUCUCUAAUGUGAGCAGAAUGUCACCGGUCAAGGCAGAGAAGACUAAAGUGCUCUUCAUAUGGGGUUUUUUUUAAA